AUCGUUGUGUUCUAUUCUUUUCCAGUGCAACUAUAAGGAACAAGCUUACGAUAAGAACAUGACAGAUUGAAACACUUGUCACAGCAAUUAUUAGCAAACGCCACGUUGCUCGAGUUUUAAUGCGAUUACUCAAAUCAUAGAACGAUAAAAAAUUCCAAAGAUGACCAGUGUAGAAUGGGAGGAAGUUAAAAGACUGGCUGCCGAUUUCCAAAAGGCACAGCUCACUUCAACUUUACAAAAGCUUUCGGAACGGAACUGUAUAGAGAUUAUAACAACAUUGGUAGAGAACAAACUUCUGGAUAUUAUAUUUACUAAUGAUGGCAAAGAAUAUGUUACUCCACAGCAUCUAGGAAAAGAAAUCAAAGAUGAGCUAUACAUCCAUGGUGGAAAAGUUAGUUUAGUUGAUCUGGCCCAAAUUCUUAAUGUCAGUUUAUCACAAAUAACAAAAGUAGUAACAGAGAUUGAAAAGCACAAUAAGGGAUUGAAAGUAAUAUUGGGACAACUCAUUGAUAAAAGUUAUAUAAAUAAGAUCGCAGAAGAAAUCAAUGAUAAGCUUGUGCAGCAUGGUUGUAUUAAUGUGGCUGAGUUGACGCUCACUUACGAUUUACCAGCUGAAUUUAUACAAUCGGUUGUCGAGAAGCAACUGGGAAAGAUAAUACACGCGACUCAAGAUUCCCAAGAUUCUAAGGUCUUUUAUACAGAAAGCUUUAUUGCUACAAACAGAGCAAAAAUUCGAGGCGCAUUGUCUGCCAUCACAAAGCCUACACCGUUAUCUGCAAUAUUGGGACAGUGUGCUAUUCCAGAAAGGAUAUUUUUCUCGAUUCUAGAUGUUUUACAAGAAAUAAAACAGGUGCCUGGGGUGGUAACUGGUAAGCAGGGUGGAAAUAGCGUUUAUAUACCUAUCAUAUACUCUAAGAGUCAAAAUGAUUGGGUCGAAAACUUUUACAAACAAAAUGGUUACUUAGAAUAUGACGCACUCGCUAGACUCGGAAUAUCAGACCCGUCAGGUUUCACAAAACGCCACUUUCCGAAUGAAAAUAUAGUUUUCUUAAAAUCCGUAGCUGUGGGAACAGUAAUAACGGAUCAAGUCGAUGCCAAUAUCGAAGAAGCCGUUGCGACCGGAUCCUUCGUUGAUCUUUAUCCCCUUUUACCGUCCGUAUUUAGCGACGAAGACGCAGAGAUGCUUCUUAAACAGGCUACGAAGAAGACCAAAGCUAACGUACAUAUAUUCGUAAAGACGGUUGCGGUCUCUGACGCAUUCUUGCAGACUUUAAGUAAAUCCCUCGAAGUGGUAGCGGAACAAAAGGUUAGAGAGAUCGUAGCUAGCGGAAAGUGGAUUCAAUAUAUGGCUGAAAAUAAAUUGAAGCCCAAAUCCAUGGAUCUGAUAACUGAGAAUAAAGUAAGUAAAAAGGAGGAACGUAGGAAAAAGGCAGCGGUCGGUAAAGCGGGUGGUGGCAGCCAAGGUAGAGAAACUAAAACAAAGUCCACGAAAAAGAAGUAUCUUCAGGGAAAGACGCAGGAGAACGAAUCCGACGAAGAAGAGAUGAAUCAAACAACAGUCGGAAGAGCCGAAAUCACGUUGAUAUCCAUGGAGGAUGUGAAGACGGAAAUUGCGAAAGAUGAGAACGUAUCCGUGAUCGAAGAAUUGGCGGAUGAACUAGCACACCACUUGCAACCGAAGCUAAAUAAGUCGGCGUUGUCGUUGACUGAGCAAUUGGCGCAAACCAACAAGACCACCAAUUUGAGCGAGGUCGAGGAACGUCUGAAUAUUCUGGUAAUAAAUGUUCGAAUAUUCGAUAAGGGCAUCAAACAACUAGAUAAGGCGGAUCAGGCUCCUUUAACGAAAUACUUGUUGAAGUCUUUGGGCUUGGAUUUCGUGACACAUAUAUUCAAACUAGCGGCUCAACAGAAUAUGCUACAGAUCGCCGAGAAUCUUACGACGGAGACGAGACAAAAACUACUGCAGGAAUUACCUGCAGACGUGAAGGAGCCGUUAACUUCUGUUCAUAAAGCGGUGAUGGGAGAUACGGUGGAGGAUUUUUUGAAUACAGUCGACGGUGCGAUGGCAGUUUGCUGUUUAGUUCUGAAGAAGUACGAUAAGAAGAAGGAGAGGCCGCAGGUGCUCGCUCACAGAGAGGCUCUGUUGGAAGAGCUCAACGCCACACAAGAUCCCGCAUUAGCGUUGCAUCUGGUCACAAGCGUGCUCUUUACCGCUGUCACGCAAAGCGCCCUACACAUGUCCGGCAGACAUGUGUCAUCCAUUCUGGCGUUUCUUCGAAAGCACUUGGAGCCUGACACAGUAUCGAUUCUAUCCCGAUAUCAUGAUUUGGUGCUCAAUUUACUAAGCGCAUCUGAUGCAAGUGAUAAGAUGGAUGCCUCAAAGGCCUUGGAAGAAGGAUUGGCAGAUAUUAAAAGUAUUGCUAACAAUUUUAAGCAACACGUGAAAUUGGACAAGUCUUGAGAACGACUACGCAACUAAAUUUAUAACUGUUAUAACUAAAUUUAUGCAGACUUGAAAAAUUUUUAUUAAUUUUAGAGAUAGAGGAGAUAAAGGUUCCUUCUGUAAGACAUACGUCUUGAUUUCUUCAAAAUUAUACUCUUGACACCAAUGUAGUCGAAGUUAGACGGUACUUAGUAUUUAUUUCAGCUGGAAUCAACGUUGUAAAAAGUUCAAAAUUUUUCCAAAAUCGUAAGAUUUUCUUAAGUCCUUGCGUAAUGUUACACAAUGUUUAUAGAUAGCCUAAGUCUACUUUAUAAUAAGCAUUUCUUGUAAGUCCUUAACAAAUUUGAUAAUAUAAAAAAUACAGGAUGUAUUAACAAUAUAAAAAACAUAUUUUCUAA